UCAUGUCAAAGUGACAUUUUAGCAUUAAACCAAAUGCAAGACUCGUCGGAGAACAUAUCGGGUUUUACCUGCGCAGUAACAGACGUAACUAAAAAGCGAAUGCUGUUUAAAUGAGCUGAAAAUAACACAAAUAUCCGGGAUUUCCGGUGGGAAUAUACGGAAGAGAGGUGUUCUGUGCGCUACGUGGCCACAUGUGACAGCAGCAACGGUAGCAGCAACUCGUAUUGACAGUUUGACAUGAUGGAGUUUGACAGAGCAGAACAUGACAGCGACAAGAUCGAGAAAACCAGCGAGAACGGCAUUAACACCGAAACUCACGCCUCCGGCACUGAGGAAGACUGUAAAUCAUGCGAGGAUCAUGAAGGACCUCGGAAAUCAUGGAGUUUGGAGAGAAACUGGGGAUUUACUUUAGAUGAGCUCUUCAAACUUGCACUGAAAUUCUUUAAAGAGAUGAAUGGGAAGGCGUUCAACCCAACAUAUGAAGAAAAUCUCCGUUUGGUUGCACUACAUAAGCAGAUCACAAUUGGUCCUUAUGAUCCAAACGCAUGUCCAGAAAUUGGGUUCUUUGAUGUACUGGGAAACGACAGAAGGAAAGAAUGGCUACGGCUGGGCAGCAUGGCUAAAGAAGAUGCCAUGGAGGACUUUGUGAAGCUUCUGAACUCCUGCUGUAGUCUGUUUGCACCAUAUGUGACAUCACAUAAGAUUGAGAAGGAGGAACAAGAGAAGAGACGAAAAGAAGAGGAAGAACGUCUCAGGCUGGAGAGAGAAGAGCAGGAGCGACAGCGACUGGAAGAAGCAGCACGACGCAGAGAGGAAGAAGAGAGGAGGAUAAAAGAGAAGGAACAGAGAAGAAAAGAUGAGGCAGAGAGGUUACAGAUAGAGCGGCAAAAACAACAGAUCAUGGCUGUUCUGAAUGCACAAACGGCAGUGCAGUUUCAACAGUAUGCCAAACAGCAGUAUCCAGACAAUCCAGACCAGCAGCAGUUACUCAUCAGACAGCUGCAGGAACAGCACUACCAACAGUACAUGCACCAGGCCCUCCGCUUACAGCAGAUGGCCUUGCAGAAGCAGCAGGACUCAAAUGUGAAUCAAAUGUCAGAAGCUCUUCCUUCUCCUGUGUCAAAUGAAGCUGUGCCCACCUGCAAUCCCAACAGCCAAUCAAAUUCAUUAGAGAAUCAACAGACAGACUCAAAAGCCUUCCAUUUGUGUGUAGAAGGCAAAACAGGAGAAGUACCUAUCAUUGCUCCCUCUAUGUGGACACGGCCUCAGAUUAAGGAGUUUAAGGAAAAGGUGUUGCACGAUCAGGACUCAGUGAUCACAGUGGGCCGAGGGGAGGUGUUGACGGUACGGGUGCCCACUCAUCAGGAUGGCUCACACCUGUUUUGGGAAUUUGCCACCGAUCACUACGAUAUCGGUUUUGGGCUGUACUUUGAGUGGAAGGACAUGACCAUGCCAGCAAGCACUGAAACUACUGAAACUAAAGAAGGCACAGAACAAGUUGAAGGAGAGAAGCAGACAGAACAGGGCCGAUGUCCACUGGUACAUGAGAUUGCUCCUGUUUCCCGUCGUGACAGCCAUGAGGAAGUUUAUGCAGGCAGUCACCAGUAUCCUGAUCAAGGAGUUCAUCUUCUGAAAUUUGACAAUUCCUACUCCCUCUGGAGGCCAAAGGUUGUCUAUUACAGAGUUUAUUACACCAGAUAAACAUCAGCAGACCAGGUUCUGCAUUCACAGUCCACAUUUGAGCAUGCUGAGAGAGUCUUUAACAGAGGCCUAGUGCUCAAGCUUUUGAAAUAUGCCAUUUGUUUUGAAUGCAAAGGAAUUUGCAUUGUGUUCUCAAGAUACAUGUAUCCUGCUUUGGAGUCAUGAUCCAAAGUCCUUGGACGUCCUAUGCUUUAGAAAUGUUUGCAUACAAGAAGACAAUUUUUCCAAUAUCUUGUAUGUUUAUUAUGUUGAAUCAAUGAAGGAGUGGUGUAUACUAAUUAUUUUUUUAAUUGAUGUGAUUGAUUCCAGCACUUUAAAGUUUCAAAUGGAUCCCGAAAUGGGUGAUAUUUCACCAUGUAUUUCUUUGGUUUAUAGGACUUUUUUUUUUAUUGUUGUGUGGGUGGUUGAAGAGAUCAAGCAAUAGAUAAUUUAAUAGUUUAUUUUUAUAUUACGGCCUAAUCUAAUUGUAAACAUGAUUAUUCCAUUUUAUAUGUUAAUUAUAACCAGAGUUAAGGAUUUGUUAACCUUUUGAAAGGUUGUCUAUAUGUUUGCACAAAAAUACCUAUUUGUGCAUAAAAGCAAGUCAAGAACUAGUACUAGUACUGUAAAAUGUGGCUUUCUGGUAAAGGUUCAUAUUAUUUGUGUAUUUUCUUGUCUAAAGCAGACAUGCGUGUCCUGCUGAUACCAAAACAUAUAUGCAACUAUGCAGAUUCCACAAUUUUGCACACUACAAUGAUGGAGGCAUGUUGUGUGUAGACAGAUAGAAGAGGGGGGAAAGACACUAAAUAUAUUGGAUUAACAGUAAUAGUUAAAAAAAUGUCAUUUAAUUCUACAAGAAUUAUAAGUGGCAGCUAAUCUUGCAUCUAAGGUGUAACCAUGUAACAUGGUGAGGGAUUUUUGUCUUUUUAGUUCUUUGUAUUUUUUGUAUAGGUAAAAUUGCCCCAUUGAUAUCUGUAGACCUGUGGAAGGCCCCACAGUGCAAUCUUUUUUUUUUUUUUUUUUACAUUGUGUGAGAAUGGUAUAUUUUAUGUGAAAUAAAUGCUUUUAUACCCUUCAUAAGUGUGCACGUUUAUGAAGUAUAUUUAAAUUAUCAUGGAAAUUAUUGUAUA